AUGCGUGACCAAAUUGACAACAGAACGCGUAGCUCACCAACCACACUCUCCCAGUUCCCCACACGCUCGCACACGGUCGCGGCGCAAGGCGGCAUCAACGCGGCGCUAGGCAACGUGACGGCCGACGACUGGCGGUGGCACUUCUACGACACGGUCAAGGGGUCCGACUGGCUGGGCGACCAGGACGCCAUCGCGUACAUGACGCGCGAGGCGGUGGCGGCCGUCGUCGAGCUGGAGCGCUACGGCGUGCCCUUCUCGCGCACGGCGGCCGGCACCAUCUACCAGCGCGCCCUCGGCGGGCAGUCGCUGAGCUUCGGCCAGGGCGGGCAGGCGUAUCGCACCGCGUGCGUCGGCGACCGCACCGGGCACGCCGUGCUGCACGCGCUGUAUGGGCAGAGCUUGAAGCACGGGUGCUACGGAAGAGCAUACUUCUCCGCAACAAGCGCGCACACCAGCACUGGUGACGGCAACGCCAUGGUGGCACGGGCGGGCCUGCCCCUGCAGGACAUGGAGUUCGUGCAAUUCCACCCAAGCGGCAUUUAUGGGGCGGGCGUACUGAUCACCGAGGGCGCAAGGGGUGAGGGCGGGUACCUACUAAACAGCGAAGGGGAACGAUUCAUGGAGCGCUACGCGCCGACGGCUAAAGAUCUUGCAUCGCGCGACGUUGUGUCGCGGGCGAUGAACAUGGAGAUCCUCGAGGGCAGGGGAUGCGGUCCGGACCGCGAUCACAUCUACCUGCAACUUUCGCACCUGCCACGCGACAUUAUUCUCGAGCGGCUGCCGGGUAUCGCGGAGACGGCGUCGAUAUUCGCUGGGAUAGAUAUUACUACUCAGCCUAUACCGGUGCUACCGACCGUCCAUUACUGCAUGGGCGGUAUCCCGACGAACUACAAAGGACAGGUGCUCGACAUCGGGCCAGACGGGAAGGAGACUACAGUGCCAGGCUUGUACGCUGCGGGCGAGGCGGCCUGUGUGAGUGUCCAUGGAGCGAACAGGCUGGGCGCGAACUCCCUCUUGGACAUCGUCGUAUUUGGCCGAGCGUGCGCCAUAGACAUUUCCAACAGCAACGAAAAGGGUAUGCCGCAUGAGAAGGCACCAGAAGACAUCGGAAUGGAUUCGAUAUUCGAACUCGAGACAAUCUUAGCAUCGAACGGGGACAAGCUGACGGCUGAAAUUCGUGGCGACAUGCAGAAAGCCAUGCAAGCGGAUGCUGCUGUUUUCAGAACCGAGAAGUCGCUGGCAACCGGCUAUGAAAAAGUCAAGGCGGUCGAGAAGGAUUUCAGAGAAAGACUUGCGGUCAAGGAUAAGUCGAUGAUCUGGAACUCGGAUCUCAUCGAGACGCUCGAGACGCGCAAUUUGCUCACAUGUGCUGUGCAAACGGUCGCAAGCGCGGUUGAGCGGAAGGAGAGCCGGGGCAGCCAUGCAAGAGAAGACUUUCCAGAGAGGCUGGAUGAGGAGUGGCUGAAGCACAGUCUGACUUGGCAGAAGGAGGUUGGUGAUGAUGUCAGAGUUGGAUACAGAGACGUUGUCCUUGACACGUUGAAUCAGACAGACUGCCCGUCCAUACCGCCGAAGAAGAGAUCGUACUAG